CCUAUAAAACCUUGAAACUAAUUCAAACUACCCAUUUCCCUCCACAAAUAACGGUAAAUGCGGCUAUACGCCACCCAAAGGAGGCUUUUCCGCAACAUUACCACUCAAUCUCUCUCCUCCAAAUCCCAACGACAACGAUCUACCCAACUUAACUGUCUUUCUCUCUUCCAAAACUGCAAAUCUCUGCUUCACCUGCAUCAAAUCCAUGCUCAAAUUCUCAAACUUGGUCUCCAAAACAACCCUUUAGUUCUUACAAAGUUCACCUCUACAUCUUCAGACCUCCACGCCAUUGAUUAUGCUUCUUCCUUUCUCUUUCAUCCCGGCGUCGAUACGCACAAUUAUGAUACCUUUCUCUUCAAUACUGUCAUAAGGGGUUAUGCAAAAACCUCUGAUUUAAAGCAUUGUGCUGUGAAUGUGUACUGUUUUAUGGUCAGGAAUGGGGUUCUUCCCAAUAAAUUUACAUACCCAUUUGUUCUUAAGGCCUGUGCUGGAGUUGGGGAUUUGAGAUUGGGGAAACAGGUUCAUGGGUCUGUGUUGAAAUUAGGGUUUGAAGGAGAUUUACAUGUGGGAAAUACGGUAGUUCAUAUGUAUGGUUGUUGUGAGGAUGCAAUUGAGGAUGCACGGAAGGUGUUCGAUGAAAUGCCUGAGAGAAAUUCUGUAACAUGGAGUGUGAUGAUUGGUGUUUAUAUGAGGUUGGGGUUGUCGGUGUAUGCUGUCGAGCUUUUUAGACAAAUGCAGGUUGCCAAGGUUAGCCCUGAUGAGUUUACUAUGGUAGCGGUUGUAUCAGCUUGUGGUGAUUUGAGUGAUAUUGAACUUGGGAAAUGGGCUGAGUCUUAUAUAGAGAGAGAACAGAUUCAUAAAAGUGUUGAGCUUUGUAACUCGCUGAUCAGUAUGUUUAUGAAGUGUGGUGAUGUUGAGAAGGCUGUGAGUGUUUUCAGAAGCAUGAAGGAAAGGGAUAUCGUAUCUUGGACCUCUGUGCUUUCUGGACUGGGAAUGCAUGGGCAUGGAAAGGAAGCUGUUUCCUUUUUCGAGGAGAUGAAAGGAGCUGGAGUCACUCCUGAUGAUACUGCAUUUAUCAGUUUGUUGAAUGCUUGUAGCCAUGCAGGAUUAGUUGAUCAAGGUCGGUUCUAUUUUAAGUCGAUGAUGGACUAUGGUAUUCCACCUAAGAUGAAACAUUAUGGCUGCAUGGUGGACUUAUUGUGUAGGGCUGGCCUUGUCCAAGUGGCGCUCAAGUUUGUUGAAAGUAUGCCCAUUGAACCUAACUCUAUAAUAUUGCGAACAUUGAUCAACGCUUGUCAUAGUCAAGAUCAAGUAAAGCUUAAUGAAGUUUUCACAGAGAGGUUGAUUAAUAAUGAGCCAAUGCACGAGUCAAAUUAUGUGAUUCUUUCCAAUAUAUAUGCAAAACUGUCUAUUUGGGAGAACAAGUACAUCAUCAGACAAAUGAUGGAACAGAAGGGGAUCAAAAAGAAUCCUGGAUGCACAAUGGUUUAACUAGAUAUUAAAAUUUAUCACUUGUUUCAGUGGACGCAGAGAGAAGAUGAGAAAAAGAUGAUAAAUCGCUGUGUGAACUCGUUACUUCAGAGCUUUUUACAUGAUGUGGUGCGAAGCAUAAUCGAGAAAUGGUGCACAGAAAAGCAGGAUAUUGCUUCUGCACCUAUCAGUAUUUGGAAUGGAUCCCCUAUCAUUAAUGUGUAAUUAUGAAGUUUCACAUUGGUUGUCAGACUGCUGAUAAAUUUAUCCCUAGGGUGUAUAACAGAGAAACUUUAAUUAGACUCUAGAGGCAGCUAUUUGUUCAUCUAGAAUGUUCUGGUGACAAGCUAUCUACAUAAGCUGCCUCAUAUGAGAAUGGUGAGGAUCCAUUGUAAUUAUGUUAGUUCAUGGAGACAUUCUUGAGACAAAACUUAGCAAACGUCUAUCUCAGCAAGCAUUUGUUUAGCUGAAAUAAAGGUUAAGAUUCAAUGA